CGAAACAGCACGGAAGUGAUUGUGGAGUUGAGUAGCGUUGUCUGAGAGGAGGUGUAUUGCUGCUGGAGUUUCAGAGUGAUCGUUUGUUGAAAGUUCAUCGUGUUUAAGUCGGCAAUUGUUGUGUACAUUUAAAUAUUGGACAAGGAGAAACCCGGUUAAACCAGACUAAAGCAGGGCUGUGUUUGUAUAGAACUUGCGGGCCAACUGAGACGCGUCUCUGAAAUGAAAGAAGAGAUGGAUAUGCGCGCAUCCUCCGCGUCUCUCCUGGAAGAAGAACUCGCCUCUGCUAUCGAGCCUGCAGUGAAAGCGGCUGUGCUGAGCGUCAUGUCUGCAUUAGCAAAGUUCGUGGACAGUAAAUGUGCAGUUUUCCACCUCAGACUGGACGAGAGAGACCACGAAUUCGAAAGCGUGAGAUUGCGAUUGGAAAUAGCGGAGAGCGAGUUGAAAGCAGUGAGAGAACGAGAAUGCAUGAACUCCGCCGAGAAGAACGCUCUCACGAACGCCAGGGAGCAAUACUCUGGGCUUGACGUUGAUUUCUUUCAUCUACACGAGAAGGAAACAGUGCGGGAUCCUGCAAAUAACAGUCGGAUCAGCGGCAGCGUUGCUGUUGCCACUACACGGGAUCGCUCAACUCUACCAGCUCAGCCAGUCCGGGAGCCGGAGCCUGCAGUCCACACCGCACUGAAAAACUCCCGGGUUUUAAUCCAGGAGGAUGGGACCUAUUCCGAGCAGGACCUGCUGAUGCGAGGCGAUGAACAGAUGGGCCACGCAAGCACAGCGGGGUGGAGGAGAGCAGUGGAAGCGGAGAGGAAGGAUGAGGAAGAGUCAAAGGCAGAAUCAGCUCCCAUUCAAGAGGAGCUCUUUGACCAGGAAUGGUGCAGGAGUCCGAAGCAGGCUUCAGAGCUGACAUCUAUUGAAGGGCAGGAGGAGAAACCUGCACUAGACGCUGAGCACAUUAACGAAGAGAUUCGUGGACCGCAGCAAAUUGAAACAGCAGAGAAACUGCACUGCUGUGCUGUGUGUCGGAAGAGUUUCAGUCGGUUAGCAGAGCUGAAAAGACACCAGCGGAUUCACACCCGAGAAAAAAACUAUCACUGCACUGUAUGUGAGAAGAGUUACAAAUAUUCACACCACCUGACAACACACCAGCGCGUCCACACUGGAGAGAAACCGUAUCGCUGCAGCGACUGCGGGAAGAGUUUCAAUACGAGAGAAGAGCUGAAAAGACACCAGCGCACGCACACAGGAGAAAGACCGUACUGCUGCCCUGAGUGUGGGAAGAGAUUUAAACACUUGCACCACCUCACAACACACCAGCGCAUUCACGGAGCACAGGAGCAUGCAUUGAAUAUGGGCAGAGUUUCAAACACCUACCUCACUUUGCAACAGGCCAGCGCAUUCAUGGAGGAGGGGGACAUGCAAUGAAUGUAGGGAGAGCUUCAUUGCAAAAGCAGAAUUGAAAGGACGCUUGCAAACGGCGCACAAGCCUCCCCUGGUGUGUCGUGCAGUGGCCUGAAGUUCAGGCCACAAAGUGGCUUCAUCUUCCUUCGGUUUAACAAGUGUUGUGAAUGUCAGGAGAGUUUCUUUUGGUGCUGCACAAUUAAAUAGAUACCAGCAAAUUCACACCAAAGAAACCCACAGGUACCAGGUCAUUUUUUUUAGGAACACCUCUUUGCUUAAAGUAUAUUUUGAUUAAUAAAAAAUGAAUGAAUUUGCUGUUUUAUCAAACAGUUUUGAACAGUUGAAUCAGCAGCAGUGUAGAAGAGUGCCAUGAAUCUGAGCUGCGUGAAUACAAACAGCUUUCACAUGCCUCGUUAUCGGAGCUCUGUGUUCUCUGCAGUGCAGAAUGACAAACAACACCUGAAUAAAAUAGUCUUCAGGGUGUGUGCUCUAGGUCAACAGAACAAUGGAUUGAAAAAUGUAUGUAUCUUUUUUCCUUCUUUAUAAAUAAACUUAAAUAUUUUAGCAAAAA